UCGUGAAUAUUCACGUGUUCGCCGUUAGCCAUUCACGUCGUUGUUUGAUGUCUCAGAACGUUUGUUUUUAUAGUUUUAUUACUUUGUUAGUUCUUUAUUAAUUUUUAAAUAAAAAUGGGAAGAAAAGCAAAAUUUGGUGAACCUGGAGCGGUAAAACAACUUAAAGGUCCUGGUCGUAAAGCCAAAAAACAAAAGCCACCUAAAAUGCUGCCUGGACUUCCGAAACUAGAAGAAAGUGAUGAACCUAAGAAACUGAGUCAUCGUCAAAAACAACGUGCCUCUAGAAGAGCAAAGAAAAAGGAAGAAAGAAAAACAAUUAAAAAAGAAAAGAAACAGACGACUAAACAAAUUGUUGAGCCUAAAAGUGACAAUGAGAAGUCGCUGGGUAUCAAAAAUGAAAUUAUCAAAGAAUAUUCAGACAGUAAUAGUAGUUGGCUAAAAUCCAAGAAAUCUAAGCCUCUAAUUCCUGAAAAAGAUGAUGAUGUUGAAAGUUAUGAUAGUAACUCAGACAUUGACGAUGAAGAAAGUGAGGAGCAAAAUGGAUUGGAAAGCUUUGAUGAGGACGUGGAAUCUGACGAUGACUACUUGACAGGUACAUUGGAUGAUGUCGAUAGUUCAAACGAAUCUGGAAUUGAAGAUACUGUUCCCAAAAAAAAGGGAAAAUCCUUAAAAAAAAGAAAAGCUGAUGAUGAAGAUGAUUUAUUACCAAUUGAAAAAGCUGCAAAGAAAUUGAAGAUUGCUAAGAAAAAAGAAGAAACCGAAGCUGAUGAAGAAAUGAAAAUGCAAAUGAAUGUUGCUAGCCAGGACAUAUUUGUAUUUCCUGCCGAAGACAAAAUUGAUGAAACUAUUCCUAUUCCAGAAGUAGAACAAAGAAUAAAAGACAUAUUAUUAGUGUUAUCAAAUUUUAACAAAUUUCGUGAAGCAAAUCGAAGUCGACAAGAAUACACAGAACUAUUGUUGAAAGAUUUAUGUACCUAUUUUAGUUAUAACAAAUUUUUAAUGGAAAAAAUAAUGCAUUUGUUUCCACUGGAUGAUUUAAUGGCAUUUUUAGAGGCUAGUGAAACACCCCGGCCAGUAACUAUUAGAACCAACAGUUUGAAAACUAGGCGUCGUGACUUAGCACAAGCCUUAAUUAAUCGUGGAGUCAAUUUGGAUCCCAUUGGGAAUUGGUCUAAAGUUGGUCUUGUUGUUUAUAAUUCAACCGUACCUAUUGGUGCAACUCCUGAGUACUUGGCAGGCCAUUAUAUGCUACAGGCUGCCUCUAGUAUGUUACCAGUGAUGGCUUUGGCUCCUCAAGAAAAUGAAUUUAUCCUUGACAUGUGUGCAGCUCCUGGUGGUAAAGCUUCACAUAUUGCUGCUAUCAUGAAAAAUACCGGAGUAUUAAUUGCAAAUGAUGUUAACAAAAAUAGAGCAAAAGCUGUUAUUGGUAAUUUUCACAGAAUGGGAAUUGCUAAUUCCGUUAUAUCAACAUAUGAUGGUAGACAGAUAUCUAAGAUUUAUAAAAACUUUGAUAGAGUAUUGCUAGAUGCACCUUGUACUGGAACUGGAGUUAUCAGCAAGGAUUCUGGUGUCAAAAUGAGUAAAGAUGAAACCGAUUUGCAAAGAUGUUUUACACUUCAACGUGAACUUUUAUUAGCUGCCAUCGAUUCAUUAAACUUUAAAAGUUCAACAGGCGGUUAUUUAGUAUACUCUACGUGUUCCAUUUUAGCUGAAGAAAACGAAUGUGUCAUCGAUUAUGCUCUAAAAAAGAGAGAUGUUAAAUUAGUGGACACCGGUUUAAGUUUUGGUACCGAAGGCUUCACUAAUCUACGUCAACAUAGAUUUCAUCCUACAAUGAAACUUACUAGACGUUUUUACCCUCAUACACACAAUAUGGAUGGUUUUUUUGUUGCAAAACUUAAAAAAUUCUCAAAUGUCAUUCCUCAAAGUGAACAUACCGAUGAUGAAGAUAACGAAGAAAAUGAAGUUAAUGAAACAAAUGGUAUAGAAGAAACGGACCAAACAGAAGUCAAAGAUAAAGAAAUAGUUGCAGCUGCUGAAGAAAAAUCACUAACAAAUAAAAAACGACCCAAACACGGCCGUGGUAAAAAUAGAAAUUAAUGUUUUGUACAAUUUAUCUUUGAUAACAUUUUUUUUCUAUUUAAUGUAUCAAUGCUCUAAGACCUUUUACAACAUAUUUUAAAAAAACCGACGCUAAUUAUUUGGUUUAACUAUUACAACUAUUUUAAUGCCUUCAA